AUGUAUAGCAACAAAGGGACAAAUAACACUGGGGGCUAUAAACAGAAAAGGAGUCAAGUUCAAUGUGAAUAUUGUCAUUACAAGGGACAUAGCAAGGAAAACUGUUAUAAAUUGGUUGGAUAUCCUCCUGAUUUCAAGUCCAAGAAGAAAGGUGUUAGUGGUGGACAGUAUGCUAAUCAGGUGUACAGCCCAGAACUGAACUAUGCAGGAAAUAAUGUAGCUUCUAAUGUGGUUCAACAAGGCAGAGGUGGUAAUCAAUCUGCUGUAGGGGCUUCACAACUUCCGCCAGCUAGUCAGCCUACAUUCUGUCAGCAAAUGCCUAUGACUACUCCUGCGUUUACUCCUGAACAGUAUCAGCAGAUAGUUCACCUGUUAUCUAAAGGAAGCACAGAAGGAUCAGAAGCUUUAAACAAGUCAACAGCUGCAGGACCUCUUCAGUGGUCAGGUGAAGGGGAUUGGUAGAGAAGAACAUGGUUUAUACAUACUACGUGGGAGUACAUCUG